UGUAAAUAUAUAUUUAUUUAAAUAUCUAUUUAUGUAUAAUUUUAAAUUUGUAGCGGGCGAUCGCCUUCUGGAUAUUCCCUGUAAAGUUUGUGGCGAUCGAAGUUCCGGAAAGCACUAUGGGAUCUACAGUUGUGAUGGCUGCUCGGGGUUUUUUAAGCGCAGCAUCCAUCGAAAUCGCAUUUACACCUGCAAAGCCACCGGUGAUCUGAAGGGGCGAUGUCCUGUGGACAAGACUCAUCGGAACCAGUGUCGCGCGUGCCGCCUUGCCAAGUGCUUCCAAUCGGCCAUGAAUAAGGAUGCUGUCCAGCAUGAGCGUGGACCCAGGAAACCAAAGCUCCAUCCACAGCUGCAUCACCAUCAUCAUGCCGCGGCCGCUGCUGCGGCUGCCCAUCAUGCAGCAGCCGCCCACCACCAUCACCAUCAUCACCACCACGCCCAUGCCGCAGCUGCCCACCAUGCGGCCGCUGCUGCUGCGGCUGCUGCCGGACUACACCAUCACCAUGGCGGUCACCUGCCCGUCUCCCUCGUGACGAAUGUCUCGGCCUCGUUCAACUACACGCAGCACAUCUCCACGCAUCCACCUCCUCCGCCGUCGGCAGCGGGAGGAUUCCACCUGGCGACCGGUGGGCAGCAGCAGGCGGGCGCUCCUCUAGCACACCAUCAUCACACGGGGUCCGGCGGUCAACAGCAGCAUGCGACGGCCUUCCACCAUCCGGGCCAUCCGGGGCAUGCGUUGACAGCGCCACAUAGCGGCCUGAACAGCGGCGGCACUGGCAGCUCCAUAUCCAGCAGCGGAUCCGGUGCCGGCGGCCCGUCCUUAUCCUUCCCCCAGCACCUGCUGCACCACAACUUGAUUGCCGAGGCGGCCAGCAAGUUGCCUGCCAUUACAGCCACGGCCGUUGCCGCCGUGGUGUCCUCCACCAGCACACCCUAUGCCUCAACGGGUCAGAUGGUGCCCACCGGCAGCAAUAACUACUCGUCUCCCUCGCCCAGCAACUCCGUGCAGUCCAUCUCGAGCAUUGGAUCGCGCAGCGGAGGCGGAGAUGGGGGCCUGAGCCUGGGCAGCGAGAGUCCGCGUGUGAAUGUGGAGACGGAGACUCCCUCGCCGUCUGCCUCUCCGCCGCUUAGCGCCGGCAGUAUUUCUCCAGCGCCCACGCUCACGGACUCUCACAGCCUGGCGGCCUCUUCCGGAUCACCUAUACCUCGUCAGACAUCGCAGCACAGUCUCAGUGAGGCCAUCACCCCUCCUAGCCAUGGCUUAUUACGGAUCCACAACAACAAUAACAGUAUUAUAAACCACAAUAACAACAACAAUGGAGAGAAUAAGCAGGCGAGCUUCACUUCCGGAUCACCUACUCCCACAACGCCCACUCCUCCGCCAAUGCGUAAUGGGGAGGUGGCCUGCCAGUCGUCGGCAGCAGUGGCAUCAGCGUCCAAUGGGUUCCUCGAGCUGCUGCUUAGCCCGGACAAGUGCCAGGAGCUGAUCCAGUACCAGGUGCAGCACAACACACUCCUCUUCCCGCAACAGCUUCUCGACUCGAGGCUGCUCUCCUGGGAGAUGCUGCAGGAAACGACGGCGCGUCUGCUCUUCAUGGCGGUGCGCUGGGUGAAGUGCCUCAUGCCCUUUCAGACGCUCUCCAAGAACGACCAGCACUUGCUACUUCAGGAGUCCUGGAAGGAGCUCUUCCUGCUUAACCUGGCGCAGUGGACGAUUCCUUUGGACCUCACGCCUAUUCUGGAGUCGCCUCUCAUCCGGGAGAGGGUGCUGCAGGACGAGGCUACGCAGACGGAGAUGAAGACCAUCCAGGAGAUACUGUGUCGCUUCCGACAGAUCACGCCCGACGGUAGCGAGGUGGGCUGCAUGAAGGCCAUCGCCCUUUUUGCCCCGGAAACCGCCGGGCUGUGCGACGUGCAACCGGUGGAGAUGUUGCAGGACCAGGCGCAGUGCAUCCUGUCCGACCAUGUGCGCCUGCGCUACCCCCGUCAGGCCACCCGCUUCGGCCGCCUCCUGCUCCUGCUGCCCUCACUGCGCACCAUCCGGGCGGCCACCAUCGAGGCCCUGUUCUUCAAGGAGACCAUUGGCAACGUGCCGAUCGCCCGCCUGCUGCGCGACAUGUACACCAUGGAGCCGCCGGCCCAGGUGGAGAAGUGAGCAGCGCCCGGCAGGCUGGGCUUUGCAAUGUAAUCAAAAUCGAUUUAGUAGCACUUAGGCGGCCAACAUUUCUGUCACUUGCAAAAAUAUUCAUAUUCCGAGCGCGACCUAAAAAAAAACGUAAAAACUGUUUU